CCACUCCCCAGAACUCCCAAUCAUGCUGCUGGGGAAGCGCCCGCGCCCUCCGAUCAGGCGGACCACGAGCACGACCGGACUCACCGUCGAUCUGUCCGACGUCGAGGCCACCAAUCAGCCGUCCGAUGUCCACCCCAUGCAAGCAACCCCGCUCGCUCCUGGAGAUGGACAGCCACCUGUAAAUCUCAACUCUGGUUACGAUCAGCAGUUCCACGCCAUGGUCUCGCCCAGAGAGUAUAGAGGCGGUUCCUCUGAUUUUACGGAGACCCCUCAUUUUCUAAGGUCCUGUGGCCUCUGUAAACGACGGUUGGCCCCUUCCCGAGACAUUUACAUGUAUAGAUCAAUAAUUGAAUAUAUUCUCAAGAAUUUCGAAAGAUUUAAGGAAGUUGAGGUGUCAGACAUCUUUUUCUUGUUAUUGAUGAUGAAUUGGUGACGUUAUUUUAACGCUGGAUUUGUUUUUAUUUUAGAGGGGAUACGGCGUUUUGUAGUUUAGAGUGCAGGGAGAAACAGAUGAAGCAGGACGAAAGUAAAGAGAAGACGAGGGUUGUAGCUUCUAACUCCGGCUCCGAAGCUUCUUCGACUAAAAGCCAGACGGUGGCUGCUGGUUGAGGAUAUAUAUGAGAAGAAAUUUAAUUAGGAAAAUUAACUUUAUCAUGAAUAGGCUGCCUAGAGAGAGGGAUAAAUAUGAAAAAGAAAAAAAGAAACUUGUGCGAAUUGUAUAUUUAUAUAUGUCAUCAUCGUAUCUCUCAUGCAAUUUUAAUGCCCACUAAUGUUUAACAUCAUAGGCUGCUUGGUGAUGGCGGCCAAAAAAACCAAUGUUGUGUUAAUGGAAUAUGUUGUAAGAAAAUUGUAAACGACUA